GCACAAGUCUCAGAAGCAUCCAAAUUACGACCAUGGAACCCGAGAUUGGAGGGAGAGAAGAGAUGAUUCGGAUGAGGCUGAUCGGUUUAUUUAAGGAUGAGCUCCAUCGGUUCCAAUUUCAAGUCCAAGACGGUUGCAUUGGGUCGUGUCAUGGCAGGAGAGAGUGUCAAAAUGGAGGAGGCCACCGCGUUGAGAACCUCCUUGGAGGUGGAAAACAAGAGUGAUUGGAAUCAGACGGUGCCGUUUUACAGUCUGUUCGUGUUUGCGGAUUGGAUUGAUGUGUUGUUGAUGAUCAUUGGCACAAUCGGUGCUAUUGGGAAUGGGCUCUGUAUGCCACUAAUGGCAGUAUUACUCGGAGAUGUAAUCCAUGCGUUUGGUGCGAACCAGAAUGAUCAAGAUGUAGUCAAAGCAGUUUCGAAGGUCUGUUUAGAGUUUGUGUACUUGGCUUUAGGGGCAGGUGCCGCAUCAUUUCUACAGGUGGCUUGCUGGAUGGUCACUGGGGAGAGACAAGCGGCAAGAAUAAGGAGCUUGUACUUCAAAACCAUAUUAAGACAAGAUAUUACUUUCUUUGAUAAAGAAACUAACACUGGGGAGGUUAUUGGAAGAAUGUCUGGUGAUACCGUUCUCAUACAAGAUGCCGUGGGAGAGAAGGUUGGGAAAUGUAUACAGCUGCUGUCUACCUGUGUUGCAGGCUAUGUGAUAGCAUUUGUCAAGGGUUGGCUUCUUGCACUGGUCAUGUUAGCUUCACUUCCACUCCUGGUGAUGGCUGGUGGAAUCGUGGCCAUUGUGAUAUCAAAGAUUGCUUCCCGUUCGCAAACUUCUUAUGCGAAAUCGGCAAAUGUAGUUGAACAAACAAUUGGCGCAAUUAGAACGGUUGCAUCAUUUACUGGCGAGAAGCUAGUCAUCAGUAAUUACAACAAGCAUCUUGUCACUGCAUAUAAAUCGGGUGUUUUUGAGGGCCUUGCUAGUGGAUUAGGUCUUGGUGUAGCCAUGCUGGUUGUUUUUGGUACUUAUGCUAUGGCUGUGUGGUAUGGUGGAAGGUUGAUUCUGAACAAGGGUUAUAAUGGGGGUCAAGUGAUGAAUGUGGUGAUGGCAUUUUUGUUUGGUUCCGUGUCCUUGGGGCAGGCAACUCCUUGCUUUAGUUCAUUUGCUGCUGGUCGAGCUGCUGCAUAUAAGAUGUUCAAGACAAUUAAUAGGAAGCCUGAGAUAGAUGCUUAUGACACACCGGGAAAAGUGUUCAACGACAUUCGUGGAGAUAUAGAGUUGAGGGAUGUUUCUUUUACUUAUCCAGCCAGACCAGAUGAGCAAAUAUUGUGUGGAUUCUCUCUUUUCAUCCCUAGCGGCACAACUGCAGCUUUGGUUGGGCAAAGUGGAAGUGGGAAGUCCACAGUGAUCAGUCUGCUAGAGAGGUUUUAUGAUCCACAAGCUGGUGAAGUUCUUAUAGAUGGCAUUAACCUUAAAGACUUCCAGCUUAAGUGGAUUAGGGAGAAGAUUGGUCUUGUCAGCCAGGAACCGGUAUUGUUUACAGCCAGCAUUAGGGAAAAUAUUGCUUAUGGAAAGCCUGGUGCAACAAAUGAAGAAAUCCGUGCAGCAACUGAAAUGGCAAAUGCUGAUAAAUUCAUUAAUAAAUUGCCUCAGGGAUUAGACAUCAUGGUUGGGGAGCAUGGUACCCAGCUUUCUGGAGGACAAAAGCAGAGGAUUGCCAUAGCAAGAGCAAUCCUAAAGGACCCAAGAAUUUUGCUUUUAGAUGAAGCUACAAGUUCACUUGAUGCAGAAUCUGAGAGGGCGGUUCAAGAGGCCUUAGAUCAGAUAAUGGUCAAUCGAACCACCAUCAUUGUAGCCCAUCGUUUGACCACUAUCAGAAAUGCAGAUAUGAUUGCUGUCAUUUGUGGCAGAAAGGUUGUUGAAAAAGGCACAGAUUCAGAACUAUUGAAGGAUCCUGAAGGAGCAUAUUCUCAGCUUGUACAUUUCCAAGAAGGAAACAAAGAGUCGGAAAAAGUGAUAGAUGAACAAAGGAGAUCAGACUUCUCUAGUGAAUCGUUUAGGCAUUCAAGUCAAAGAAUAUCAUUCACUCGAUCCAUAAGCCGUACAUCGUCUGGGCGAGGAAGCAGCCGUCAUAUAUUCUCGGUCCCAUUUGGUUUACCUACAGGCCCAGUGUUUGCUGAUACUGCCUUGGAAGGGCUUGCAGCCCCUCCACCAUCAGAUCAAAAAGCUCCAGAGGUUCCAAUCAGCCGCCUUGCCACCCUUAACAAGCCAGAGAUUCCAGUUCUUUUGAUUGGAGCUAUAUCGGCAAUUAUCAAUGGUUCUAUAAUGCCAAUUUUUGGUGCACUAAUUUCGAGAGUUGUCAAGACAUUUUAUGAGAAACCUCAUCAAUUGAGGAAGCAUUCAAAUUUCUGGGCAUUAAUAUUUCUGGUCCUUGGUCUGGCAUCCGUUGUGGUAUGUCUGGCACAGACAUAUUUCUUUUCUAUUGCUGGGUGUAAGCUAAUACGACGAAUCAGAGCAAUUUGUUUUGAGAAGGUGGUUCACAUGGAGGUUGGUUGGUUUGAUUUAACAGAGAAUUCAAGUGGUGCAAUUGGUGCAAGACUCUCAGCAAAUGCAGCAGCAGUACGUGCUCUAGUUGGAGAUGCACUAGCUCAGAUAAUUCAAACUACUGCAACUAUAGUACUUGGGUUGGUCAUCGCUUUCUCUGCUAGUUGGGAAUUAUCACUUAUUGUCCUUGCAUUGCUUCCUCUGUUAGGAUUUACCGGAUAUGUUGAAGUAAAGUUCAUGAAAGGGUUCAGUGCAAAUGCGAAGCUGAUGUAUGAGGAAGCAAGUCAAGUUGCUAAUGAUGCGGUUGGGAGUAUAAGAACAGUUGCUUCAUUCUGUGCUGAAGAGAAAGUGAUGCAGCUAUACAAAAAGAAAUGUGAAGGUCCUAUGAAGACAGGAAUAAGGCAAGGGCUGAUCAGUGGAAUAGCAUAUGGACUAUCUUACGUCGUUCUGUUCAAUGUAAAUGCAACCAGUUUCUAUGCGGGAGCUCAAUUUGUUAAAGCUGGCAGAAUGUCAUUUAGUGAUGUUUUUCAAGUUUUCUUAGUUGUGCUCAUGGCAGGUAUUGGAGUUGCUCAAUCAAGCUCAACUGGUACUAACUCUACCAAUGCCAAAAAUGCUGCUGCUUCUAUAUUCUCAAUAAUAGACAGGAAAUCAAAGAUAGACUCAAGUGAUGAGUCGGGGCUAAAAUUAGAAAGUGUAAAAGGAGAAAUUGAUCUUCGUCAUGUAAGCUUUAGGUAUCCUGCAAGGCCAGAUACCCAAAUUCUUCGAGACCUGAAUUUGACCAUUCGUCCUGGCAAGACGGUUGCUCUUGUGGGAGAAAGUGGUAGCGGGAAAUCUACAGUGAUAGCGUUGUUGCAAAGGUUUUAUGAUCCCGAAUCAGGUUGUAUAACACUUGAUGGAACUGAACUUCAAAAAUUCAACCUUACUUGGUUGAGGCAGCAAAUGGGCCUAGUUAGCCAAGAACCAACCUUGUUUAACGACACAAUUCGUGCCAACAUUGCUUUUGGAAAACAAGGAAAUGCUACCGAGGCAGAAAUGGUAGCUGCUGCGAAGUUGGCUAAUGCCCACAACUUUAUAAGUUCAUUAAACCAGGGUUAUGAUACAAUGGUGGGGGAGAGAGGAGUCCAAAUGUCAGGAGGACAAAAGCAGAGGAUAGCCAUUGCUCGUGCCAUAGUGAAAGAUCCGAAGAUAUUACUCUUAGAUGAGGCUACCAGUGCACUAGAUGCUGAAUCCGAAAGAGCAGUUCAAGAUGCAUUAGACCGAGUAAUGGUGAACAGAACUACAGUCGUGGUGGCUCAUCGCUUAUCCACGAUCAGGAAUGCUGAUCUAAUUGCCGUGAUUAAAAAUGGAGUCAUCGUAGAGAAGGGAAGGCAUGAGACUCUAAUCAACAUGAAAGAUGGAGUUUAUGCCUCCUUGAUUGCGCUUCACACCAGUGCUUCAACUUCUUGAAUUGUGAUUCUCUGCUAAUAUAGUAUUCUAUGUAACAUAAAAACCCUGGUAAGAUUUAUGUGUAAGCUGCCUCAUGCUACGUACAACGUGGUGUCACGUGAUUGUAAUAAAACGACGUCAUUUUACUUGUUUUGGUGUUCUAGACUACGAGAGAUGUAGCCAUGUAGGAGGAUACACUGUGGCUUUCCCCGUCAUAAUUAUUUUUUACUA